AAACGCCUACUCCCUGUUACCCACUGGCGAGCAAAAUGGCCAUCGCCUCUCUUAUCACCUUCCUCACCCCUCUGCUCCUCCUCCUCCUUCCCUUCUCCAUCGCCACCUCCUCCUCCCUCCUCGGAGUCAACUAUGGACUCCUCGGCGACAACCUUCUCUCCCCAUACAAAGUGACGCCUCUCCUCCACUCCAUCAAUGUCGGCCGCAUAAGACUGUACGGCACCGAACCCUCCGUCCUCCGCGCCUUCUCCAACACCGGCGUCGAGCUCAUCGUCGGCCUCCCCGAUCGUUGCAUCCCCAAAGUUUGCGAUCCCAACGAAGCCCUCACAUGGAUCCGCUCCAACAUCCAACCCUACGUUCCCUCCACUAAAAUCUCCGCCAUUACCGUCGGAAACGAGGUCCUCACCAGCAACAACACCUCCAGCUAUCAAUCUCUCCUCCCAGCCAUGGAAUCCCUCCACUCCGCCCUCGUUACGCUAGGAUUAGACCAUCAGAUCUCCGUCACCACCUCACAUUCCGUCGCCAUCCUCGCCUCCUCUUACCCCCCUUCCUCCGGCGCAUUCCGCCCUGUUCUAAUCCCUUUCCUAUGCCCCAUUUUCGACUUCCUUUCCCGAACCAAAUCCCCUCUCCUCAUCAACGCCUACCCUUACUUCGCCUACAAGUCCGAUCCGGGAAACAUCUCCCUCGAUUACGUUCUAUUCGAGCCGAAUCCCGGCGUGAUCGAUCCCAAAACAGGGCUGAAGUAUGAGAACAUGCUGUAUGCUCAGGUCGAUGCGGUUUACGCGGCGAUUGCUGAUGUAAAAGGGCCGAAGAGACUUGAGGUUUGGAUUUCCGAGACGGGGUGGCCAUCAGGGGGUGAUCAGGAUGAGCCUGGAGCAACGCCGGAGAAUGCAGCGAAGUAUAAUGGAAAUUUGAUGAAGUUGGUUGGGGAGAAGAAGGGGACUCCAGUGAAACCCGAUACGCCGCUUAGGGUUUACAUUUUUGCUAUGUUUAACGAAAAUUUGAAACCAGGCCCGGCAUCGGAGAGGAAUUAUGGGUUGUUUAAGCCUGAUGGAACUCCCACGUAUCCUCUCGGGAUUAAUGUUCCGCCGGAGAACUCAACUGAUUCGCCUUCUGGAGGCGGUCAUGGUGGCAGCGGCGGGGGUGGCGGCGGCGGAGGAGGAGGUGGAGGACCGGGAGGCGGCGGCGGCGGGAGUGGUGGCUCGUCGUCGGGGUAUUACGAUAUAUCGUCGGCGAUGGGGAGGUGGAGGCAGCUCCGGCGAACGGCGGCGGUGGCGGCGGCUAGCGUGACGGUGGCGAUAUUCUCCUUGUAUUAAUGUGAGUCGUCUGGCGGCUCACUCUAGAAGGGGAUUAAGGGAGAUUAAUUGUAAUUUAAUUUCCAUUAUUAUUUUUUUAGCAGUAAUUAUUUAUGUCAGCUACGAUUAGUUUAUGCGAGUCAAAAUAAGGACCGUCGUAGUGAAUUAAUAUUUAUUGCAAAUUUUAACGUUCGAAUUUUAUUAGUGGGUUGGGUAGGUUGGAGUUAUGGUGGCACUGCCGUAAUAUUUUAAAAUAUAUUAAUUACUUGGGACACGUGGUGUCGGAUGUGU